AUGGCGGAGCCGCUGGCCUGGUGCGUGUCGGCUCUGCGGGGCUCGGCGGGGCCGCGGCUCCGUCGGGCUCUGAGCGCGCUCCGGUCCCGGCACUCGCGGGGUCCCGGCGGCGCCGCCCGCAUCCGGGAGCGGGGCGGGGUCGGGGCCCUCGUGGCGCUGCUGCGGGGCCCGGGCCCGGGCCCGGUGCUGGGAGCGGAGCUGGAGCUGGCGCUGAGCGUGCUCGGGAACCUCUGCACGGAGCGGGGCUGCAGGAGGCAGGCGAGGGACAUGGGCGCGCACAGAGAGCUCGUGUCGCUCCUCUCCCUGCCCGGCCCCGAGUGCGUCCUCUCCCGCGUGGUUCGGACCCUGGCAAACCUGGCCCUGGAGCCUGAGGGCGCCCGCGACAUCCUCGAGGCUGGUGCCGCCCCCCUCCUGGUCUCCCUGUGCCUCUCCUGCGGCUCGGCCUCGUGCCUGCACGGCGCCGCUCGCGCCCUGCGCAUCCUGGGCUCGGCUCCGUGCCACCGGCGCUCGCUGGCCUCCUGCGGCGCGGUGGCGGCUCUGGCCUCGCGCCUGGCGGCGCUGCCCGCGUCCCACCCCGCUGCCCCGUCGCUGGCCCGCGCCCUGCGCGCGCUCACGCAGCCGCCCUGCGCCGCGCUGCCGGACCUGCUCCCGGCGCUGCCGGCGCUGGCGGCCCUGGCGGCGCAGCCCAAGGCGGAGCUGCGGUGCCCGGCGCUGGGCGCCAUCGCCAACGCCUGCGCCCUGGGCACCCUGCGCCCGGCGCUGGGGGCGGCCGGCGCCGUGGAGCCGGUGCUGGAGGAGCUGCGCCGGAGCCGGGAGCUUCCCGACGGAGCCGGCGCCCUCCGCGCCCUCUGCCUCCUGUGCCGGGAGGCCGUGAACCGCGUCCGCAUCCGCGCCGGCGGCGGCCUGGAGCUGCUGCUGCGGGGCCUGGAGCGGCCCCAGGGCGAGGCGAGCAGGGGCCGCAUCCUGCUGGCGCUGGCGGCCUUCGCCUACGACCAGGAGGCGCUGGAGGCCCUGGAGGCGCUGGGAGCGGUGCCGGUGCUGGUGGAGCUGCUGCAGGGAAUGGAGGAGCCGGGGGACGGCGAGGACGAGGACGACGAGGACGACGAGGAGGAGGAGGAAGCGGCCGCGUCCUGCGACCAGCCCAGGGAUGUGACGGAGCAGAACAGGGCGGCCACCGGGAGCUUCCGGGGGCUGCGGUCCUGGCUGCUCUCGGAAUCCCUCUCGCCGCCUCCCUCCCCUCCCCCGCCUCCCUCCUGCUCGCCCCCUCCCCAUUACCCGCCCCUCCCCCCUCUGGCCCUGCCGCAGGGGGCGGGGCCGUGGCGCUGGGGGCGUGGCCGUCGGGGCCCGAUCCUGCUGCUGCUGUCGCGGCUGGGGCUGCGCGCGGAGCCGAGCCCGGCGCUGCUGGAGCCCGCGGUGCUGGGGGGGCUCCUGCGGGCCCUGGGGGGCGGGGCCAGGGGCGGGGCGGCCACGCCCCUUUCCCCGGUGCUGGCGCGGCUCCUGCAGCGCGUCCUGGGCCACGCCCCCUUCCUGGGCGCGCUCGUGCGCGGGUUCGUCCCCUCCCUGCUGCGGAGCCGGCUCGUGCUGGGGGGGGAGGGGAGAGCCCGCAGGGAGCUCGGCGAGGCUCUGCUCCGCACCGUGGCUGCCGUGGCCGCGGCCCCGUUCGGCGUCGGGCUCCUGACGCACAUGAUGCGCUGCGGGAGCGCCCCCGCGCGGCUGGCGUGCGCCACUGCGCUGCCCCUCAUUGCCGGGCCCUCGUCCCCGGCCCACGAGCUGCUGUGGGGCGGGGGGGGCGUGGCCCUGCUGCUCUCGGCCGUGGCCCAGGGCCCCGGCUCCCCCUACGAGCCCCCCCCCGGCUUCCUCCUGUACGCGGCCGACGCCAUCGCCCUCCUGCGGGCACACGCCAAGGACACGCUGCAACACGCUAUGGACACGGCAAUGGAUCCGAUGGACACGGCAAUGGAUCCUAUGGACACACCGGAACAUGAUAAGGACACGGCAGAGCACGCUAAGGACACGGCAAUGCAUCCUGUGAACACGCCAGGACACGCUAAGGACACGCUAGGACACACUAAGGACACGGCGAUGGAUCCUAGGGACACGGCAGCGGAGGAUGCUCUGGAGCAAGGCAGCAAGGAUGAGGUCUCCGCUGGGCCCAGCCCCAUGGAGCCGUGGGGCUUCGGGAGCCGCCUCCCCCCGCUCCUGUCCCCUCUGCCGCACGGCGGCGCGGGGGGGGCCCAGAGCCCCAGUGGGGAUGGGGGGGGCUCCAGUGCCCCUCCUGUCCCUGCCCACCCAUUCCCGACCUCUCCCAUCCCAUCUCCAUUGGGUCCCAAUGCAUCGCCCAGCCUCUUCCCAAGCUCCAUCCCAUCUCCCGCCUCUUCCAACGCAUCCCCAUUGGGUGCCAGUCCAUCCCCAUUGGGUCCCAGUGGAUCUCCAUUGGGUUCCAAUGCAUUUCCCACCCCAUUCCCAACCUCCAGCCCAUCUCCAUUGAGUUCCAAUGCAUCUCCCACCUCUUCUAGUGCAUCCCCAUUAGGUUCCAAUGCGUCCCUUGCCUCCCCGUUGGCUCCCAAUGGGUCUGCAUUGGCUCCCAGUGCCUCCCCGUUGGCUCCCGAUGGGUCUGCAUUGCCUCCCAGUGCCUCCCCAUUGCCUCCCAACCGCUCCCUAUUACCUCCCGCGGCCUCGCCUCUGGCUCCGCCGCAGCCUCCGCUCCGCCGCCCCGCUGCCCCGUGCCCGUACUCCCUGUCCCCGCACGACCUGGCGGUGCUGCCGUCGGGCCGCCCGCCGCGCUCCCGCCCGCUGCCCGCGUCUCGCUCGGCGCUCUCGGCCUCGUCGCCGGUGCUGGGCGCCAUGCUGGGGGGCCGCUUCUCGGAGGGCCGCCGGGCUUGGGUGUCUCUGGGCUGCGCCCCCGCGGCGCCGCUGCUGCUGCUGCUGCACUUCCUGCACGGCUGCCGCCGCCGCUCCUGCCCGCUCUGGGCCUCGCCGCUCGCCCCCGGCGUGGCGGGAGCCGCGUUGGCGCUGGCGCGCCGGUUCCUGCUGCGGGAGCAGCGCCCCCUGGAGGCGGCGGUGGCGGCGGGGGUGCGCGCGGCGCCGGGCGCGCUGUGGGCGCUGGCGGAGCGCUGGGGGUCGGCGGCGCUGGCGCGGCGGGCGGCGCGCGCGCUCCUGCAGGGGGCGCCCCAGCGCGUGGCGCGCCGGCUCGGGGCGGCGGCGGCGCGCGCGCGGAGCCCGCGGCUCCUGGCGCAGGCGCUCAUGGGAGCCAUCGACCCGCGGCGGGGGGGCGGGGGGGAGGAGGGGCUGGAGAUGGGGGCGGGGUGGGGGGGGGACCCCCUGGUGCUGAGGGGGGCAGGGGAGGGGGACGGGGACCUGGAGGAGGGGUUCGGGCCAUAUAAGGGCAUGGAGGGGCCCUGCGUGUGA